AGCACAAGGCCUUGAAUGUUUAAAAAUUCCCCCAUAAUAAUUACAAAAAUAAGAAAAACCAAAGAAGAGGCGAGAACGACCCCCGGACCAGCCAAAGCCCGCGCGCCGCUGCAUCCCCGCGUCCAGCGCUUACGUCCCGCCGCCGUCGCCACCAUGCCCAAGAGAAAGGCUGAGGGGGAUGCUAAAGGAGAUAAAGCCAAGGUGAAGGACGAGCCACAGAGAAUAUCUGCAAGGUUAUCUGCUAAACCUGCUCCUCCAAAGCCAGAGCCCAAGCCUAAAAAGGCCCCAGCAAAGAAGGGAGAGAAGGUACCCAAAGGGAAAAAGGGGAAAGCUGAUGCCAGCAAGGAUGGGAAUAACCCUGCAGAAAACGGAGAUGCCAAAAUAGACCAGGCACAGAAAGCUGAAGGUGCUGGAGAUGCCAAGUGAAGGGUGUGCAUUUUUGAUAACUGUGUACUUCUGGUGACUGUACAGUUUGAAAUACUAUUUUUUAUCAAGUUUUAUAAAAAUGCAGAAUUUUGUUUUACUUUUUUUUUUUUUUAAGCUAUGUUGUUAGCACACAGAACACUUCAUUGUUGUUUUGGGGGAAGGGCAUAUGUCACUAAUAGAAUAUCUCUGAAGCUAGAUUGACACAAGGG